CGAGCUGCGAAGAGCGACGAACGACGGGACAAGAACUCUAAGAGUUUGUAAAAGGAACGCCUUUAUUUCUGCCGGAGGGCCCUGCCGCGUCGAGGACCGCGUUCUCCAGCAACUGUUCGAAGCGAAGUUCUCUCGAUUUCGAACGGGUGCGGUCGUCGCUAGGAACUCUGUCGAGCCGCGGAAAAGAGUGAGGGACCGACUGUUCGGGGCUGCGCGGCUCCGUCCUGCGGAACUUUUUGCCGAGUGCCACCUAGUGUUCUGCUGCUGCGGCUGGUCCCGUCUCUCACACAUACCUGACAUGAGGAGGUUUGCCUGCAGCCCGUUGCAGUUGCUGAGACCCGCCCUGGCCGCCAGCCUGGCCCUGUGGCUGCUUCUGCUGCUCGCCGCCAGCGAGCACUGUCGCGCCGACGAGGCGCCGAUGGGCGCCGUCUCUUCAACCGGGGGCGGUGGCGUGCUACCCCUGCAACAUCACUCGAGCGACAAACGCGCGGCUCCACGGCCACUGUACGGGUUCGGCCUCGGCAAGCGAUCCCCAUUGCUGCUGAUGGCCGACGAGUCACCAGUGGACGCGGAUAUCGACGAAGACGAGGACGACGAUGCGAUGGCCGAGGCUGCGGCUGCGUCCAGGACCGGAGGCUAUCUUGACAAGCGCGGUCCCCGCGAGCCAUUGCGCUACGGAUUCGGCCUGGGAAAACGCAGGAGCGGUCAGGAGCGCGAGUACGCGCCCUUCGACCAGGAGAAGCGUGAGCGGCAUCGCUUCAGCUUCGGGCUCGGCAAGCGGGACAAGAAGUCCAAGUUGGAAGACUUCAUGAAGCGCAGGUACAACUUCGGCCUGGGCAAGCGCGGCAUCUACGGCGACGCCGACGUGGGCGAGCGCUGGAAGAGGAGCUUUUAAGUAAACGGCGCGCACACGCCAGCGCACACACCCCACACCCCCCCACCGACACUCGGCGUCCGUCUCCCUCCCCGUGUGGCCCCGGGGAGGAAAAAAAAAGAAUCAAUCACUGGGAGAAAGAAACCGACAGAGCACGCGGCAUGUCCCGCUGUUCUGCCCUAUUCAUUCCUCGAAUGAAGUUACCCAAUCGCCCUGUUACCCUCCUCUCCUCUUUGCUCCUCCUCCCGUUCGCAAAACACGCGUCGGCCGGCGGGCCUUGUUAGGCCUGCCUAAGCCUAACUGGUAAGCCUAACGGGCAAGCCUAACUGGCAAGCGUAACCCUGUUGCUCGUUGAGACGACACUGUUGAAAAUAGAAUAAAAAAGAAUGUUAAAGAGGAACGAUAACGACGAAAAGUACUCAAGAAGCUUUAGCCCGGGGCUCGACCAUCUCCACCGAGCUUCGUCGGCCCUGUGAACCUGUGCAGACGUCUCCCCUCUUCUUGUUCUCGCUCUGAGUUCCAGCUCUUAAGAGUCAUGAACUUUUGUUCGUUGGAGUCCGUUCUGCCUUGUUGCGCAGUAGUUUUGAUGCAAAUACGAGAACGGUGCAUGCGCAGCGACGCCAUAGUGACACAGUCGCAUGUCCUCGUCGCUAUGAUCAAUGUGUACUGCUCACAGCCCGCUAGGCUGUGGACGAUGUUGCCGUGUGGGCGAAUCAAUAAACCAUGACAUCGACAUCGAGAAAACAGAGGAAGACCAGUCUGUGGGAGUCAGUGUGUCUGUCAGUGUGUAAUAAAAAAUGCUCAAAGCCAACAUUCAUUUUUUUGGUGAGAACUAUAUUAAGAGGGUCAUCAUACUGCGAUAGGACUGAUGGUAGCUGAGUUACCGAAUGUUACGGACAGUAAUAUGUAGCAAUCGGAUAUCAUUGGCUUCACUACCCAGUAGUAAUACCUAGGGCUGCGCUUACCAAGGUAGGAAAGAAAAUACCACUACCGAGGUUUAUAUAGCCCCAACCACACAAAACGUUCAUGCCUUGAUUGAAUAAAACCGUAUAUUCAAAACAUACAGUCUUCUCUCUACGAAAGCCGGUGACAAUAUGAUUGGAAUACGCAUCGCCAAAUAAUAUGACAGUAUAUUUUUGUGAAGAGUUGUAGUCUCUGUUUUUUGUUAGAUGAGACAGAUGUAUGUUAACAGAGAAGUGAAAGAAUGUACGUUGGUCGCCCUUUGUUGGCCCGGUUCACCGGAAUCUGGCGAUAAGAUUGAACUGGGGCAUUACUUAUCGAAACUGAAAUGAUAGCAUCGUUAAAAACGUGAAGACACUAAAGUAGAAGCAACUCCUGUAGGUAAACAUUCACACCAGUAAAUACACAUGUCCUGGUAAUUAGCCUUAAAAGAGAAAAAUUCAAUUAUAACUAGUGGUACUUAUAUGUAUUAUUGCGAGUAAAGCAGGAAAUGCGGUACUGCCUUCUAAUGGGGCAAGCCUUUGUAGUUAAAGGUAAUUGCUCAGAAAGCUAACGGGGCAAAGCCUGGGCAAACUACCAAUACUCUGUAAUAAUCGUAAGCCAAUAGCAAAUAUUUGUUAUAAACAAGUUAGGAGAUAAUGUGUAUGUAAUGGAGUAGAAUGGAUCAGUCUUCUCACCGUGACCGUAGCACCUAGCAGUACACUUGUGCAAAAUAUAUAGCUUAAAAUGAACUCGUAAAAAUAAGCCCACUUGUAAGUCUCAAUGAAAGAAGCAGUAAGCAUACGAUGAAACAAGUCGAAGCCUAGAAUGUGUAGCGGAUCAUGACAGAAUGAACUUACGGAAUUCAAAUCAUAUGUGCGAAAGACAGCUUAUAUCCUUCUCAUUCUUUGAAAAGUUGAAUUUUGGUGCUUCAAUCCCAGAGACAUGACUAUCGCAUUUGUUGAAUAAUAAGGUUGAAUAAGAUUUAAAUUACGUUCUUUAUGUCAAUAUCCUGUAUGCGGAGUUUGGUCUGAAUGUAAAUAAAUGUUUUGCGGCCAGUCAAAAUAAACUUGUGGCUUUGCAUCAGUGUGACGUAUGUGUUGUAUCAGCUUCACGUGUAGCGCGAUGACGCAGUACUCGAGCUAGAAUUGGGAUAAAGAAAUGGCGGCCCUUAUUUUGCGCAGAUUCAUUUGCUUGUGGUGACGUUAGCUGAAGUGCAAUCAUGACUUCCUGAG